CAUUUCCAUUUGAGUGUUUAAAACAAAAUUAAAACCCAUGCCCAUGAUGUGCUCGCCCGUCUAUUUAUUCUGAACUCCAUGAUGUAGCAUUGCUCUAUCAGAAAUACUAUCCUGGUUGAAAAAGAGAGAAAGAUAGAAAGGAAAAAGGUCCUGAACGAACGGCACGGCAGGAUCAAAGGACGAGCCAUGGCGCAGGAGAGUAAGCCGGCGCUCGGGUGGGCGGCCAGAGACGCCUCCGGUCUCCUCUCCCCCUACAGCUUCUCACGAAGGGCUCAGAAGGAGGACGACGUGACGAUCAAGGUGCUCUUCUGCGGGAUCUGCCACACGGACCUGCACGUCGCCAAGAACGAGUGGGGCAACGCCAUGUACCCCGUUGUUCCAGGGCAUGAGAUCGUCGGCGUCGUCACCGGCGUGGGCCGCGGCGUCCGGAGCUUCAAGGCCGGCGACACGGUGGGCGUGGGCUCCUUCAUCGGCUCCUGCCGCGCGUGCGAGAGCUGCGCCAAGGGGUACGAGAACAACUGCCCCGCCCUCCUGCUCACCUGCAACGGCGUGGACUACGACGGCGCCACCACCCAAGGGGGAUUCGCCGACGUCCUCGUCGUCAACCAGGACUACGUCCUCCGCGUCCCGGAGGGCCUGCCGCCGGCCGGGGCGGCGCCUCUCCUGUGCGCCGGCGUCACGGUGUACAGCCCCAUGGUGCAGUACGGCCUGAACGCGCCGGGGAUGCGCCUGGGCGUCGUCGGCCUGGGCGGCCUCGGCCACAUGGCCGUCAAGUUCGGCAAGGCGUUCGGGAUCACGGUAACCGUGAUCAGCUCGUCGCCGAGGAAGCGCUCGGAGGCGGUCGAGCGCCUCGGCGUCGACGCCUUCCUGGUCAGCCACGACGCCGAGGAGAUGAAGGCCGCGGCGGGCACGAUGGACGGCAUCGUCGACACGGUGUCGGCGGGGCACCCGCUGCUGCCGCUGCUGGAGCUGCUGAAGCCGAUGGGGCAGAUGGUGCUGGUGGGCGUGCCGACCGAGCCCAUGGUGCUGCCGGCCUCGGCCAUCGUCACGGGCGGGAAGCGCCUGGCCGGGAGCGGCGUGGGCAGCGUGCGCGACUGCCAGGCGAUGCUGGACUUCGCGGGGGAGCACGGCAUCGCCGCGGACGUCGAGGUCGUCAAGAUGGAGUACGUUAACACGGCCAUGGAGCGACUCGAGAGGAACGAUGUCAGGUACCGCUUCGUCAUCGACGUCGCCGGCAGCAUCGGCUGCGCCGCGGUUUAGCGGCAUGCAGCAUGUGCGCUUGGCUCGGUUACUCACGAUGAAGCAGUCGUCGACACGUGAAGUCAUAAUUUGGUUGUGUGUGUUGUGAUUUCAGUGAGUUGGUACGUCGUCAGUGCUGUUUUUUUCUUCAGAUAAUGCCCUGCCUUUAGCAAGAAGUUCUUAUCCUAUAUAGCUAAUAAAAAGGUCACCCCACUACCUUAUUUAUUUUAAA